GUAUAAAAGCCUCUCUUUUUCAUGUGCACUGCCAUUUGUUCCAGUGUAUUUUUGGGAAAUUUAUAUAUAUAUAUAUAUAGAUAUACAUACGUAUGUGUGAGUGUUUGUGAAGCAAAGAGGAUCAUAACCGUCCAGGAUGCAUCAGCUGCUCACAGUGACCUCAGUGCUGGUGGCACUCUGCUGUCUAGGGAGUGUGGAUUCAUCGGCGUAUGACAAGAUAGUGACCCACAGUCGCAUACGCGCCAGGAAGGAAGGACCCAACGUGUGCGCUGUGCAGCAGGUCCUGGGGACCAAGAAGAAAUACUUCAGCACAUGUAGGAACUGGUACAAAGGCUCCAUCUGUGGCAGGAAGGCCAUGAAUCUGUACGAGUGCUGCCCUGGCUACAUGAUGCUGGAGGGUAUGAGAGGAUGUCCUGCAGUGGCUCCCAUUGACCAUGUAUAUGGCACACUGGGGCUCAUCAAGGCUACAACCACACAGCAGUAUGCUGACAUGUCCAAGCUGAGGGAGGAAAUUGAAGGAAAAGGCUCCUUCACCAUGUUUGCUCCGAGCAAUGAUGCCUGGGAUCAGCUUGAUUCCAGUGUGCGGUCAGCGCUGGUGAGCAAUGUGAAUAUCGAGCUGUACAACGCCCUCCACUUCCACAUGGUGAACAACCGUCUUCUAACCAAAGACAUGAAGGACGGCAUGACUGUGAAAUCCAUGUACAAUGACCUGGGCCUCUACAUAAACCACUACUCAAAUGGGAUUGUAACAGUAAACUGUGCCAGAAUCAUCCACGGUAACCAGGUGGCCACAAACGGCGUGGUGCACAUGAUUGACCGGGUCAUCACUUCUGUGAGCAACACCAUUAAAGAAGUCCUGGAUGUCGACGAUGAGCUCUCCUCCUUCAGUGCUGCGGCGUUGGCUUCUGGUAUGAUGGACAAGCUGGACAAGCCUGGACAGUACACUCUGUUUGCUCCCACUAACAACGCCUUUGACAAAUUGAGCCCCAACUACCUGGAGCGCAUCAUGGGCGACAAGGCUGUUAUUGCAGCCCUGGUGAACUACCACCUGCUGAACAGUGUUCAGUGUUCUGAGGCAAUCCUGUCAGGAUCAGUGUAUGAGACGGCAGAGGGCAGCAACAUAGUGAUCGGCUGUGAUGGUGACAGCGUGACAGUCAACGGCAUCAAGAUGGUGCUGAAGAAGGACAUUGUCACCAGCAAUGGCGUCAUCCACCUCAUUGACCAGGUGCUCGUCCCCGACUCAGCCAAGGAGGUGAUUGAGAUGAUAGGAGAGUCCCAGAGCACUUUCACUGACAUGGUGUCUGAACUGGGCUUAGCCGCCGCCAUGCGCCCAAAGACGGACUACACGAUUCUCGCUCCACACAACAGCGCCUUCACCAACAAGGUGAUGUCGACAGACCAGAACCUGCUGAGGAUCCUGCUGGAAAACCACUUCCUGAAGCUCAAAGUUACACUGAGUGAGCUCUACAAUGGACAGAUGCUGGAAACACUGGCCGGCAAAUUGCUCAGAGUCUUCAUUUACCGCACUGCUGUGUGCAUAGAAAAUGCUUGUAUGCUGCGCGGCAGUAAGGAGGGAAGCAAUGGGGCCCUCCAUGUCAUGAGUUCCCUCAUCAAACCAGCUGAGAAAUCUAUGUACGAGCUCCUGAUCGCUGACGGACGCUUUAAGAUUUUCCUGUCACUGAUGGAGGUCGCAGGUCUGACUGACCUGCUGAAGCAGGAGGGCUCCUACACCAUCUUUGCACCGACUGACGAUGCCUUUGCUGGCCUCAGUCGAGAGGACUUAACUCUGCUCAAAAAAGAUCUAAACGCUCUGAGAACCAUCCUGCUUUACCACUUCAGUAAUGGCGUCUUCAUCAAUGGAGGUUUGGAGGGAGGAGUCACCAACCUGCUCAAAACCCUCCAGGGCAACAACCUGCAAGUUAUGUCUGUGAAUAAUUCCAUCCAUGUUAACUCCGUGGACGUCCCCGACAGUGACCUGAUGGCAACAAACGGUGUGAUCCACGUCGUGAAGAACGUUCUUUAUCCUGCAGACCUUCCCGUGGGCCGUCAGGACCUCCUGGUCCUCCUGAAGAAGCUGAUUAGGUACAUCCAGAUAAGGUUUGUUUCUGGAUAUUCCUACACCGAGAUCCCUCUUACCUUCCUCAAGAGGACCAUCACAACUACGCAUUAUUACGAAACAGUCCCUGACAUGACAAAGGUCAUCAAAGUUUUUGAAGGAGAGCCAACUAUCACCAAAGUGACCAAAGUCAUUGAGGGCGAGCCUGUGAUCACCAAAGUGACCAGAGUCAUUGGGGGCGAGCCUGUGAUCACCAAAGUGACCAGAGUCAUCGAGACAGAACCGACCCUCACUCAGGUGGUUGUCGAGGGGGAGCCGGUGGUCACCAAGGUAACCAGGGUCAUCGAGACUGGGGAGCCUACCAUUACCAAGGUUACAAGAGUUAUUGAAGGUGCCGAGUUUGAUGCUGAAGGACGGAGAAUCACAGGUGGAGCCAGAUUCACCACGGAGAACGAGCCUCAUGUCAUUGAGGGCCCAGACUACUCGAAAAUCACCACUAUCCACAGCAACCCCGGUCUGAUCGACGACGAAACAGAGAGAAUCACCAGACUCAUUAAAGAGGGACGUGCAGCUCCCAGGAAACCACAGAGAGAUCACACUGGAUUCAGGAGAAGAAGAUUGGUCAGGCGCCACCACAAGCCGAGGCAGUGAAUGUGGCAGAGAGUGAGAGAAAACACCACCAAGCUCACCGCAGAGACUGAAUGCAUCUGAAACGCUCCUGGUUGAGCGCUGGAGGGUCGGGGGGAAAAAAAUGUGUGGACCUACAGGGAACAAUCAGAUCAAUUUAGCUUUGUCCAAACCAGCAAUGAUUGUUUACUAUUUCAUCUGGACCAAACUGUAUGUGAUAGACGUCAUGUGUAAUAGCAAGGCAAUGAUACUAGUAUACAAUUCAUGUAAGUAAUGGUGUGUACGUGUGCAUGGGAUAUAUGGAGUAGAUGGUGCGUAAGGUGAGAUGUAUUCUACCGUAAAGAUUUCUUUUUAUAAUGUUUGCUUUAAAAAAUAAUAAUUAUAAUGAUAAUGUCACUUUGUUAACAUGGCUUGGGAAUAUUUUUGUAUGCUUUUUUUGUAAUUGGUGCUCACAUCCUGCAACAUGGAUGCAUUUUAAAAGGAAUCAAAUGACGGAAAAAGUGUCAGACGGUGUUUUGCAAUCAACAGAUGCUGUACCGCAAUUCUGUAAAUGAUCACAUGGUUAUUAAAAAAGUAAACACAAUUCAUUUGUA